GCUGAUGCUCAAGAACACAAACCUGACCAAUGAGAGAGAGCAGCUAAUCCUCAAGAACACAAACCUGACCAAUGAGAGAGAGCAGCUAAUCCUCAAGAACACAAACCUGACCAAUGAGAGAGAGCAGCUGAUGCUCAAGAAAACAAACCUGACCAAUGAGAGAGAGCAGCUGAUGCUCAAGAACACAAACCUGACCAACGAGAGAGAGCAGCUAAAAUGGGAUAAAAAUGACCUUGAGAAAUGUCUCGGUAAAGUGGAUGGCUGGAUUUACUAUCAAUGCCAUUUUUACUACAUGUCCACUGAGAUGAGGAGCUGGACUGAGAGCAGAAGAUACUGUACAGAGAGAGGAGCAGAUCUGAUCAUCAUAAACAACAGAGAGGAACAAGAAUUUGUUAAGAACAUUUCUGGUUAUGAUGCUUUCUGGAUUGGUCUGACUGACAUUGAGGUGGAAGGCAGCUGGAAAUGGGUUGAUAACAGCACACUGACCUCUGGGUUCUGGUGGCAUUGGUAUCCUAGCUACUCUGACUAUUCAAACUGUGCUCUAAGCUAUAGCUCUGGGUGGUUUGAUGAUUCAUGUUACGGAACUUUUAAAUGGAUCUGUGAGACAAGUACUUCACAGAUUGUGUCCUAGGAACAUAAUAAAAAAUGUUCUCAUAACAUUACCCACAUGCAACAUUAUAAAAAUUGAUUAAAUGUACUCAUUUAAAACAUUUUAAUAAAUAAUUGUGGAGGCACUUUACGAACAUGCCUGAUUAACCUG